AGCAAUCUCUCAUUAGUCAGAAGAUACAACAAGUUGUAAAACAUAUCAGUGGAGUUGGGCACUAGUUUAAGAGUAAAGCAAAGUUUUUGAAAUUUAUACAUUCUUACCCUUGAAGAGUAGGCAUAUCAACAAAAUGUAACACAUUCAUGCCCUUUCAAGUCAAGACACAUCCCUCCCUCCACAAAAACCCAUUGCACUUUACAAACUCAAUCCGUAGUUAUAUAGUAAUCCCACAAUCUCUUACACAAAUCAAGUAAUUUGAUCCACCAAAAAGAAACAAAAACAUCCUUAAAAAACCAUGAACAAGUUACUAACGUUCCUUUGCUUUCUUGUUUUGCUUCUGGUUCCCCUUUCAAGAGCUGGCCAAGAUCCCUCCGACACAUUUGAGGUCUUUGCCAAGCUCCAUGACUUCGAUGUGGAAGACGAAGACGACGUGUUGGAGGCCUUAGACGUCCCAUCUUGGCAUAGUGGCCAUAGCAACAAAGUUCUUGUCAAUGUGGAUGGAUUUGGUGCUGUUGGAGAUGGUGUAGCUGAUGAUACUCAGGCCUUCAUCAAUGCGUGGAAACAAGCUUGUUCCACUCCAAAAUCAGUUCUCUUGGUUCCCGAAGGGCGUCGCUACUUAGUGAAUGCAACAAGAUUUAGAGGGCCUUGUGCUGACAGGAUUGUGAUCCAGAUAGAAGGGACCAUCGUUGCACCAGACGAUCCAAAGAGCUGGGAUCCCAAGAAUCCAAGAACUUGGUUGGUUUUCAACAAUCUAACCAAGGUUUAUUUCCAAGGGAAAGGUGUCAUAGAUGGCUCAGGCACCAAAUGGUGGGCAGCUUCUUGCAAGAAGAACAAGUCCAAUCCUUGCGAGAGUGCACCAACGGCCCUCACAAUAGAGUCGAGCUCAGCUGUGAGAGUGAAAGGAAUCACAGUUAAGAAUGGGCAGCAGAUGAAUUUUGUGAUCGGGCGUUCGGACUCUGUUCGGGUCAUAGAUGUCAAAGUCUCUGCCCCAGAGGACAGUCCCAAUACAGAUGGGAUACACAUCACUCAAUCAACAAAUGUAGUUCUUCAAAACUGCAAAAUAGGGACAGGAGAUGAUUGCAUAUCAAUUGUGAAUGCUAGCUCCAAUAUCAAGAUGAAGAAUAUCUUUUGUGGACCAGGCCAUGGAAUUAGCAUUGGCAGCCUAGGAAAGGACAACAGCACCGGCAUCGUAGAGAGCGUGGUGGUGGACAAGGCCUUCCUCCGAGGCACCACCAACGGUCUCAGGAUCAAGACUUGGCAGGGAGGCUCCGGCCACGUGCGUGCAGUGCGCUAUCAAGACGUGAGGAUGGAAAAUGUGACCAACCCCAUCAUCAUAGACCAAUUCUACUGCGACUCACCAAAAUCUUGCGAAAACCAGACGUCUGCAGUGAAUAUAACACAGAUCAUGUACCGCAACAUAACUGGGACAUCGAGAAGCCAAAAGGCCAUGAGAUUCGCAUGCAGCGACACAGUCCCAUGCACUCACAUCAUUCUUAACAACAUCAACUUGCAGAGCAGCGAUGGCACCGUCGAGACUUACUGCAACUCCGCUGCCGGCAUAGGCUACGGCUAUAUAAAUCCCUCUGCAGAAUGUCUCUCCUCUUCUGAUAAGGACGCUCAAAUCGUUCAACCUACUACACAACACAUACUUCACACUGAGCUUUGAGCCAAAUACUUUUUUAUAUAUAUAGUGUGAGAUUGGUUUGGUAUUUACCAUGAUUCUUGGAUUGUAUAGAUGUCUUAGAAUAGAUAGUAUGAAGCAUAUUUUGUAAGAGCAUCAAAGAUUCUAUAUAUACAAUCUUUGAUGCCCCAAACACAAACCAACAA